AUGAAUCAAUCAACACACAGUAAAAAAGAAGCAGAUAAACAAUUAAAAUUCACAGAAAUAGUACAAAGAAAUAACAAGCAAGCAAAGUACUAUGAAGAUUUAACACUUAAUUUACAAACAAUCCUACAAGAAGGAAAAGAAAAUCAACAACAGUCAUACCAAGACUUAAUUGAUAAAAUAUCUGAAAAAGAUAAAUCAAAGAAAGAACACAAAAUACAUCUUAUAACAGAGAUAAAAGAAAGUUCUGAAAAUAGGAAAGAACAAAUUAUAGAAUUGAAAUUAAUGAACUCUACCAAGAAAACAUUUGAAGAAUCAAUUGACGAACUAAAAGAAACAGUUUUAGAUCAAUUAAAGAAAAAAGAAUUCUUUGAAGAAAGUAUAACAUUUGAUAGAAAUCACUUAAUAGCUAAAGAACAUACCUGGAGAGAGUGGAACAUAAUAUAUAUUCGAAACCUAAUCAAUCAAAGAAGAUCAAUUAAUACUAUAACUAAAGAAGACCAAUACAACUAUUAUACUGAAGCUAUAAAACUUAAGUGGACUAUAGGAUAUCAAGAUACUACAGAUCAAAUAGUAAGACAAGUCUCAGAAGCAAAGACAUAUCACGAUUGGUCAAAGAUAAUUAAAGACAAAUUAAUUGAUAAUUACGAUUAUAUUCCAACAGAAUAUAAGAAAGGGAAAAGAAAACCUAAGGAAAGAAGAUUUGAAAAGUGUAAAUUGUGCAGAAGACCACAAUUCUUAGAUCAUGAAAACACUUGUAGAAAGUGUAGGGUAAAGAAAACCCAAGAAGAAUGUAUCAACUGUGCAGGAGAAGGAUUAACCUGUGCACCAGCAGAAAAACAAGAUUAUACAUCUUUAAGAAAAAGCUGUGAUAAUUGUCAUAUCAGAAAAAAGAAGUGUCAAAAAUCACUUACAGACAAACAGUGUCACUAUUGUAAGAAAAAAGAAAAAGAUUGUACUUACAAUAUCAAAACAAAGAACAGACAAUAUUAUCAUAUGAUAAGAAAAUUAAAAUUAAUGGUAGUAUACUGGAAUAUACUAUUAGAAAUUAAACAAGCAAUUCAAGAUUAUCAAUCUCAAAUAAUUACAGAAGAAAGCUUAAAAGAAAAGCUUAACGAAUAUUUAAAAGAUUUACCAACAGGAGACUUAAGGCAAUUAGUCUGCAACCUUUUCUAUAUAGUAUUAGAAAGAGAAUCUGAAAGAUUAACGAAAAUGAACAUAAUUGAUCAAGCAAUAUUUGGAACAAUAGUAAGACAACUAGAAGCUUUAGCAAAAGCACAAACAGCCUUUGAAGAAAUAGAAACAUUUACAACAUUUCUAACAGAAAUAGUUGACAAAGUAGAUAAUAUAAGAGCAAAAGUAGAAUUAGGACAAUUAGUAACUACUUCAAAUCUAAAUGAUAAAAUAAUAUCAGCAAAACAACAAUUUGAAACAAAAUUGAAAUGA